CGAAUGGUCUCUGUGGGAACAGGAAAUAGUGCAACCCAGCAUAAAUGUUCUCUGUGUGAACAGACUAUAAGCAAUAUUUAAUAUUAGAGCUGCGGUCACAUGUAACUAUAAACAAACAAACAUUCAAGCACAUGUAUGCUGAAAUUGCCGACUGAAAAUAAAAAGUACAAGUCCACAUUAAUAUUAUCCGAAACUAUCUUAGAAGUUUAAUAAUAUGGAGCGACUUGUAACAUCAACUCUUAAAAAACGUAAAAGCCGUGCUCUUGGAUUCCGUCUCCUUAUAUGUUAUCUAAAGCAAAAACACAUUAUAUUAGAGGAAAAUGUACACGUCUGGAUGUCAAUAUUAGUUCAAUCAUGUAAUUUAUCUGAGUUACGUUCAUAUGGUGAUCUGAUUUUUUUAUCGAUGGCACUUUUAAUUGACAGAAUCCAGAGCGACGGAAGUUUAUCAAAAGCAUUUUUGUCAACAUAUUUAUAUAAAGUUCUUGACUGUUUAUUUUUAAACGAAAUAUAUGAAAAUGAACGCCAAACACUUGCUGCUUUACACACAAUCAAGCGUUGUCUAAAAUAUUACCCAAAAGGAAUAAAAUCAAAAAAAUCAUCGAUUGAAAAGAUAUUAUUGUCACUAAUAGACAACCGUAAUGUUGAUGUUAUUCAUCAAACUGGUGAAUGUUGGCUUUUGUUACAGAAUAUACAGGGUAAUUGCAGCAAUGAAAACGUUUGUAAUAAAACAGUAUGGAGAGAUUUCCAGUUAUUAUUACUUAAUAAUCUUCAACAACUCAUAAGCAAUAUAUUGAUAACUUCUAAAGAAAACAUUGAAAGCCCUUCUGAAUCACACAGCUUCAGUUUAUUUCCUUUUGAAAUAAAAGAUCCGUUUGAAAUGGUAUCACAAGCUUUUCGGAGGAUUUUUAAUCUUAUUGAAUAUUUAAAAAUUACAUUAAGAGAACAAUUUGUAUUUAAAAAGUACAUUUGUACACAUCAAAUCUUGGGUUUAAUACACAAUGGACUUCAAGUAAAUGGACACCAAAGAAAUAACUUGCAAAUUGAUCAUGCUUAUUUUGUGACCUUCUUACCGGAAAUGCACAUUAAAUUAUUGGAACUUUUGGAAAUUCUCAUUGAAAUAUGUUAUACACACCUCAGAAUGGACUUUCGGAUUGUUUUAAAUAUCUUAGUGGAUGCCCUCGAAAGGACAAAAUCAAUGCCAUUAGCAGAAAACCGAAAUCAAGUUAUCAAUAUACGCCUAAUUGUGUAUAGAGUAAUAGCAUUGUGGUGCUCUACCCUACAAGAAGGAAGCCACUGCGAAAUUAUUUCGGAGCCUCUUAUUAAGGAAAUAUUGGAUGACUUAGUUCCGCGAAAAAAAACUUCAUUAAUAUGUCGAGGGGAAGCUAUUUUAAAAACCAAAUGUUCAGCUAAAAAAAUAGUUUCGAUGUUAGAGAUGUCAUUUGGAAAUGAAGAUAAUAGCAUGCUACUGUAUCAAGCUCAUUUUUGCCUGCAACAAUUGUUAUCAUCGUCUGGUCAUUUGCUAAAUAAGCAACUUUUAAAGGACGUUCAUAACACCAUAUUGGGAAUUUGUAUUUUUAUACAUUCAGAACCGACCAAAAUAUCAUCUUUGCGAAACAUCUGGAAUUGUCCCUUGGAAGUUUACAAAUCAUUCGCAGUGUUGUUGAAAUCGCGAAACUAUGGAUGCCCUGCGCCUUCGGAAAUAAUUAUGUCUCUUUUAAACGAAUCACAAUUAUUUGAAAACAGCAUUGAACUACGGAGAAGUUGGACAAUUAAAGCUUUAGAACUUAUGCUGCAUCCUCACAAGACGGGUAUUCAAUUUAAACAGGGUGAUGAAAAUUUAAAUUGCAUACCAUUCUGCCAUCCAAACAAAUCAAAUUUUAAAAGUUCUAAACAUUUAGAACUUAUAGACAUUGCCCAGUCAAACAUUAACGAUAGAAACAAAACAGUUAAUCAAACCAUUAAGGAAUGCGUUAUUUUACAAACUAGUGACGAUGCUGGUAACCCACCAUUUAGAAAGAAUGAUAGUUCUAAUGAAAUAUCCCCUAACAUGAUUAUUAAUAACGCUUAUAACGAAAAUAUCAUUGGGUUUAUUGAUAAUUCAUUAAAUAACGAGAAAUAUUUUAAGGAAAAAAAUACAAAUCCGUUAAAGGAAAUAACUGCAGAGUUCUCAGUUCAAAACUUGAAAGAAGUAUCUGAAGAGUGCUUCCACUCUGUAAAGACCGAUAACCCAGAAAGUUUCGAUAAAAGGACUGACUUAGCACUAUCCAAUUGCAAUGUUAAGCAAAGUGAACAUCUUUUGCCUAUGGAGUUAGGAAAAUUAGAUGAUGCUAAGAUGGUAGCAGACUUGGAAGCAAUAUUUAUUGGCGAACUUAAAAAAAUGCAUUAAUUGAUAUAUUAGAUAAACACUUUUGUAUUGUAUCAAAUUUGGCUUUUGUAUAAUUAAAAUAAAUUUAUUGAUAUUAAAUUUGUAAAAAAAUAA